ACUUUAACGUUUGCGCAGCUUUGAGCAUCGGAGAUGAUUAUUUAUUUGAGGUAAAAAUGUGUCUGAGUAAGUUUAAUGUUGUUUAAAACGACACUUUUAAUGAUUUACAUGUGAGAAAAUGUUGGAAUUUUGAAGAUGGAAAAUUUUGAAUCUUUCCAAGAAAACGAAAAUAUGAAAGCUUAUUCAUCUGGUCGAGAAAACUGUGUAAAUGAAACAGAUAUGUGUAGAAUAUGCAGAAGCCAAGGAAUGCCAGGAAGUCCACUUUACUAUCCUUGUGCAUGCACAGGAAGUAUGAAGUACGUUCAUGAAGAAUGUUUAAUGCAGUGGCUCAAGUACAGUAAAAAUGAGUUCUGUGAAGUUUGUACCCACCAUUUUUCUUUUAUACCAGUUUAUUCGACUGAUGUGUCUCGCAGUAAUUCCUUAAAAGAUGUUUUGCUUGUAAUCACAUGGGGCAUAUUUAAAAUUCUGAAACGAUAUGUUUGGUAUGGCUUCAUUCUGGGCUUGUGGCUAGGUGUUUUACCACUUAUUACAGCUCGCAUAUUCACCUUUUUAUUUAGUGGAUCAUUUGGCUCCCUGUUAAAGUUACCACUGUUCUUGGUCAAAACAGAAAACCUUUUGACUGACAUCUUAUUUGGUUGGUGUAUUGUUUUGUGUGCUCUGUUGGUGUUCUUCGGUCUACUUUGGUUACAUGAUGAGAUUGAUCUUCAUGGAGGGCCCUAUUGGUUAAAACAGCAGCAGGGAAGGAUGUUACAAGUAAUGGAUUUAGAAGAUGUGAUUGAAACUGAAGAAGUUGAUGAAACUUUGUUUGAGCAUUACAAUGAAAAUGGAG